AUGGCGGAGUCUCAGCUGCUGUGCUUGGAAGAUGAGCACGUCAACGAGAAGAUCCCGGAGUCCCGACCGGAGUUUUACUACAGCGAGGAGCAGCGAGCCGCUCUGGAGCAGCUGCUGAGGAACGGAGACGGAGCCUUCAAGAUGAGACUGCAGGAUGACAACACCAAAGACUUUCUCAGCGCCAGGGAAAUUAAAGUCAUGCGAAAGACAUUACAGGAGUACGACAUGGACAGUGAUACUGAAACCGGAAACAAUGAGAGGUCUAAAGGGUCGUCCAACGCGGACUCCGGGGUCCACUCCACCUACUGGCCCCAGAAGUCCGACACCGAGGCCCCACCUCUGGACAUUGGCUGGCCGGGCAAGAGCGGUGUCUACAAGGGGGUGACCCGGGUGUCCGUGUACACCCAGCCGCCCAAAGAGCCCGGCCCGCACAUCAAGGAGGUGGUGAGGAGGCUCAUACAGGAAUCAUACAAGGUGGUGGCCAUAGUCAUGGAUCUCCUGACGGACCUGCAGAUCCUCCAGGACCUGCUGGACGCCUCGGCACGACGAGGGGUGGCUGUCUACGCCGUUCUGGAGGCCAAGGGAGUGCCUCACUUCCUGGAUAUGUGUAGUCGACUGCAGAUAAAUGCAGUGCAUCUGCGGAAUCUCCGUGUGCGGACGGUGAAAGGUGCAGGGAUGGCCUUGUCGUUUGGCAAGCUGCCAGGCUCCCUGUGCUCCAAAUACAUGCUGGUGGAUGGAGAGAAAGUCAUGUUUGGGUCUUACAGCUUUACCUGGAGUUCCUCUCGGAUGGACAGGAACGUGAUCACGGUGAUGUCGGGUCAGACCGUGGACGUCUUCGACACUGACUUCAGGGAGCUGUACGCCGUGUCCGAACAGGUGGACCUCUACACGGAAUUCAACAUCACCAAGCCGCCUAUCCCUACGCCCAUCAGGAAGCCAAAGAUCGAGCCCAUCCAACCUCUGCCCAUCUCCACGUCUCGCUUUCAAGUAAAUGUAGGGGACUCCAGACAGGCCGACAUGAAGGUACCUGCUCAUAAGUACCACAAUCCAAAGUACUCUCUAGUUUUUGGGAACAGUAAGCACCUAACGGGCUCCCUACAAGACCUGUCGACGUGUCAUAGGGAUAGGGCCGACUCGCUGAUCGGUGGGCUGAAUCAGAGGAACGGCCUGCAGAACAGUUUCAUUUACAAGGACAACAUGGAAAGGUUGGAGAUAGCCCGACCAAUGAGUCCCGCUUCGGUUACAGGGGACGAGGAUGAGGAUGAAGGCUUAAAGAAGAAUCAGCCGGAGGGUUUAAAGAAACGCAGCUCCUUCAGGAAGUUCUUGAAAGGCAGAGGAGCCAAUCACUGCACGGAUACUAUAGAGGAAGACGUCGUCACUCCGCAGAAGCCCCCGUCUUCUUUUAAAGCACCGGAGACCAACGGUGUCGCAGAAAAUAAGCAUGAGGACUCGUUUGACAUCAUUGAGAAAUCAAGUCCGCAUAAACCAAAGAUCAAGAAGCCCUCAAAGGUCAUGCAGAGGAGUAUGUCUAUGCAGACCCUCAACACAGCAGACGAAGACGGAUUCAAAAGCCGCCGGCGGCAUCAAAAGAAGAACUGCAUACAGUCAUGAGGGCACAACAAAGAUCACAGUCUGUUGGCGGAGAAAA